GGCAGUCUGGGCGCGCGGCUGCAGCAGCGGAGCCCGAGCCGGGAGACAGAGGCGCCGCCGGAUCGCAGCCCGCGGGGCUCGCCGCAGCCAUGGGCAACCGUGGCAUGGAGGAUCUCAUCCCGCUGGUCAACCGGCUGCAGGACGCCUUCUCUGCCAUCGGCCAGAACGCGGACCUCGACCUGCCGCAGAUCGCCGUGGUGGGCGGCCAGAGCGCCGGCAAGAGCUCGGUGCUCGAGAAUUUCGUAGGCAGGGACUUCCUGCCCCGAGGAUCUGGCAUUGUCACUCGACGCCCUCUGGUCCUGCAGCUGGUCAAUGCUACCACAGAAUAUGCUGAGUUUCUGCACUGCAAGGGGAAGAAAUUCACCGACUUCGAGGAGGUGCGCCUGGAGAUCGAGGCGGAGACCGACCGGGUCACGGGCACCAACAAGGGCAUCUCGCCGGUGCCCAUCAACCUCCGCGUGUACUCGCCUCACGUGCUGAACCUGACCCUGGUGGACCUGCCUGGAAUGACCAAGGUCCCGGUGGGGGACCAACCUCCCGACAUCGAGUUCCAGAUCCGGGACAUGCUGAUGCAGUUUGUCACCAAGGAGAACUGCCUCAUUCUGGCCGUGUCUCCGGCCAACUCCGACCUGGCCAACUCCGAUGCUCUCAAGAUCGCCAAGGAGGUGGACCCCCAGGGUCAGCGCACCAUCGGCGUCAUCACCAAGCUGGACCUGAUGGACGAGGGCACAGAUGCCCGUGACGUGCUGGAAAACAAGCUCCUCCCCCUGCGCAGAGGCUACAUUGGGGUCGUGAACCGGAGCCAGAAGGACAUUGAUGGCAAGAAGGACAUCACGGCUGCCUUGGCCGCUGAGCGCAAGUUCUUCCUCUCGCACCCAUCCUAUCGCCACUUGGCUGACCGCAUGGGCACUCCCUACCUGCAGAAGGUCCUCAACCAGCAACUGACAAACCACAUCCGGGACACUCUGCCCGGACUGCGGAACAAGCUGCAGAGCCAGCUGCUGUCCAUUGAGAAGGAGGUGGAUGAGUACAAGAACUUCCGUCCGGAUGACCCAGCGCGCAAGACCAAGGCCCUGCUGCAGAUGGUCCAGCAGUUUGCCGUGGACUUUGAGAAGCGCAUAGAGGGCUCAGGAGACCAGAUCGACACCUACGAACUGUCGGGGGGAGCCCGCAUUAACCGGAUCUUUCAUGAGCGCUUCCCCUUUGAGCUGGUCAAGAUGGAGUUUGAUGAGAAGGAACUCCGACGGGAGAUCAGCUAUGCCAUCAAGAAUAUCCAUGGCAUUAGAACAGGGCUGUUUACCCCAGACAUGGCCUUUGAGACCAUUGUGAAAAAGCAGGUGAAGAAGAUCCGAGAGCCGUGUCUCAAGUGUGUGGACAUGGUUAUCUCAGAGCUAAUCAGCACCGUUAGACAGUGCACCAAGAAGCUCCAGCAGUACCCACGGCUGCGGGAGGAGAUGGAGCGCAUCGUGACCACCCACAUCCGGGAGCGCGAGGGCCGCACCAAGGAGCAGGUCAUGCUUCUCAUCGACAUUGAGCUGGCCUACAUGAACACCAACCAUGAAGACUUCAUAGGCUUUGCCAAUGCUCAGCAGAGGAGCAACCAGAUGAGCAAGAAGAAGGCUUCAGGGAACCAGGAUGAGAUUCUGGUCAUCCGAAAGGGCUGGCUGACUAUCAACAACAUUGGCAUCAUGAAGGGGGGCUCCAAGGAGUACUGGUUCGUGCUGACCGCCGAGAACCUGUCCUGGUACAAAGACGAUGAGGAGAAGGAGAAGAAGUACAUGCUGUCCGUGGACAACCUGAAGCUGCGCGACGUGGAGAAGGGCUUCAUGUCAAGCAAGCAUAUCUUUGCCCUCUUUAACACGGAGCAGAGGAAUGUCUACAAGGAUUAUCGGCAGCUGGAACUGGCCUGUGAGACACAGGAGGAGGUGGACAGCUGGAAGGCCUCCUUCCUAAGGGCUGGCGUGUACCCUGAGCGUGUUGGGGACAAGGAGAAAGCGAGCGAGACCGAGGAGAACGGCUCAGACAACUUCAUGCACUCCAUGGACCCACAGCUAGAGCGGCAGGUGGAGACCAUUCGGAACCUGGUGGACUCAUACAUGGCCAUCGUCAACAAGACCGUUCGGGACCUCAUGCCUAAGACCAUCAUGCACCUCAUGAUCAAUAACACCAAGGAGUUCAUCUUCUCGGAGCUGCUGGCCAACCUGUACUCCUGCGGGGACCAGAACACGCUGAUGGAAGAGUCGGCGGAGCAGGCGCAGCGGCGCGACGAGAUGCUGCGUAUGUACCACGCGCUGAAGGAAGCGCUCAACAUCAUCGGCGACAUCAACACGACCACCGUCAGCACGCCUAUGCCCCCGCCCGUGGACGACUCCUGGCUGCAGGUGCAGAGCGUACCGGCCGGACGCAGGUGCCCCACUUCCAGCCCCACGCCGCAGCGCCGAGCCCCCGCCGUGCCCCCAGCCCGGCCCGGAUCGCGGGGCCCUGCUCCUGGGCCUCCGCCUGCUGGGUCCGCCCUGGGGGGGGCGCCCCCCGUGCCCUCCAGGCCGGGGGCUUCCCCUGACCCCUUCGGUCCUCCCCCCCAGGUGCCCUCGCGCCCCAACCGCGCCCCGCCCGGGGUCCCCAGAAUCACUAUCAGUGACCCCUGAGGAGCGUCAGCCACGCAGGAAGGGCCCAGCCUCACCUACGCGACCUGCAGUCCCCCGACCAGCCGAGGCUCCCCUCUUAGACUUAUAAGUCUAUGGCCACUGGCACCUGGCUGCCCGCCCUUCCUGCCUCCCCCAGGGUCCCUUCAGAGGACUCCCAGGCUUUCUGACCACCCAGAGGGGCCUACAGUGCUCCCUCCAGCCAUCCCUUUUAGCUUUGCCCUCCUGGUUCAAGCAGUGUUCUUCCUCCUGGUCUUCUCCAUCAGGCCUGAUGGCUGUUGUGUGGGUCCUUGAGGCUAGGGGUAACCUGGGGCCAGCAGGUUGGAAGACGGGUGACUAGAGACAACAGAAGCCCAAGGGGGCCGGGUCCAUAUCUGGAACUGUGGGUGCACUGCCUGGGUGCUGUGUGUGAGGCCAGCGUGUGUGGUGGAGGUGGAGGGGCCCAGCCUCCACCCAGACUAGCUGGAAAGUUGGGUGUGCCUGUCUCCAGUGCCUCCCUCUCACCUCUCCUCUCUUCCCCGUUCCCAGCCCUGCCACCACUGCCAGGGGGGUGCUCCUACCUUACCGGCUCUCUCCUCCCCUUUCUCUUUGCUUUCUCUCCAACUGCCAGCCGAUCGGGUCAGGCAAGUCCAUCCCGUCCUGAGAGCCCCAGGCCCCCCUUCGACCUCUAACCAGAUCCUUCCUAUUCCUCGGAGACCUCCCUUUUCAAGCCUGCCUGGAUGGCUGUUCUGUGACUUGCCAGUGGCUCCCCCAGCCCCAAAGCCUCCCCUCCAUCUGUGACUUAGUCUAUUGUAGUGGUGAGCUGCACACUCAGGUGUGAUGGUGAAAACGUGUGCCCCUCUGUGGUAUUGCUCCUGCCGUUCUAUAAAUAUCUAUAAAUACUCGUAUAUAUACGCACACACAUACACGGCUGACCCAGCCUCAUCUCCAGUGGGGGAGCAGUCACCGUGCUGUCCUUGUGGAUUCUCGUGGCCCAACACUAAGGGAACACUGUCACCCUGACAUCCCCCCGAAGUGUUCCCCCUCCAGUGAGCCUCCCUGCUGUGCCCGGCCUGUGGACAGCCGGCUCCCUCUGCCAUCCUGCCGUCCCCAGCCCCUCGCAGCAUGGGGGGCUGUGCUGGCAGCUGUGUGGUUCUCACUGCUCCCAGUCCUGCUGUCUCUUGGCUGAGAAUAAAACCCAUUUUUGGAUGAUGGGGAA